AAAACGCUGUCGGGCCGGUCCCCGCGGAGCCGCCAUGGCUCAACCGGCUUCGGUAACCGUGGCAUUUGAUGAUGUUGCCUUAUAUUUUACGGAGCAAGAGUGGGACAUCCUGGAGAAAUGGCAGAAGGAAAUGUAUAAGCAAGUGAUGAAGACCAAUUAUGAGACCCUUGAUUCCCUGGGCUGUGCUUUUUCCAAGCCAGAUUUGAUCACAUGGAUGGAACAAGGGAGAAUGCUAUUAAUUGGAGAUCAGAAAUGCUUAGAGAAAAGACUGACAAUUAGUCCUUCCAAUGAGCAGUUGGACUUGAAGAACACUGAAAAGGCACCGUGUUUUGGUGACCAAGGAACUUUUGGGACAAAAGAAGAAGAAUCUCAUUUAAACGGUCUUCAAAAGCAUGACUUGUGUGCUACUUUAUUAGGGGAGAGGAGAAAGAUUUUAUCGAAUCAAAAAUCCAUCUUCCAGUCUCCAAGUCUCCAGGAAACAGAGAUUAUACACAAAAAACUCAAUGUCACAGCUCCUAAUCAGGACAGAAAAGGUCUGUGGCAUAAAUCUCCAGGUAUACCAGGUCACUUGGAAACUCCAGCAGAGCCAAGAUUUUAUUACUGUUGUGUCUGUGGGAAAGUCUUCCAGAGAAAGAGUGACUUGGUAAACCACAAAAGGUGCCACUGCAAGAACCAGCUGUAUAAAUACCCAGAGUACAAGAACAAAUCCAGAGGGAAAUCUGAACUCAGGUGGAGCCAGAGGUUCCCUUGUAAGAAGCAGCGGUUCCAGUGCAAUCAGUGUGAAAAGAGCUACUAUUUGAAGGGCAGCCUAGUCACUCAUCAGGUUGUCCACACAGGACAGCGGCCCUACCCCUGCCCUGAAUGUGACAAGACCUUCCGGUAUAGAGGCAACUUAAAGAAGCACCUGUGUUUGCACAGAGGAGAAAGGCCAUUUUGCUGUGAGGAGUGUGGUAAGGCUUUCAUUGAGCAGUGUGAGCUCACCGAGCACCGCCGGCUACACAGUGGGGAAAAGCCUUUCCAGUGUCCGCUGUGUGACAGGAGCUUCCGCCUGAAGAGAGGGAUGAAGGUCCAUCUUUCUCAGCAUAGUGGGAAGAAGCCCUUUCACUGUCCACAGUGUGACAGAAGCUUUUCUCAGGAGGCUACUUUGAAGACCCACCAAAAGACACAUAAUGAAGAGAAGCCAUUUUCUUGUGAUAAUUGUGGCAGGAAAUUCAUCUAUAAAAUUAAACUCGAUGAGCAUAUCAGAGUUCAUACAGGAGAGAAGCCCUUUUCAUGUCCCGAGUGUAAUAAAAGUUUCCGCCUAAAGAGAAGCCUAAAAGCCCAUCGAUUGCAGCACAGUGGACAGAAGCCCUUCCAAUGUCCAGAGUGUAAGAAGAGCUUCUUCUGGAGGAAUGCCAUGAAGGCCCACCAGCGUCUACAUAGUGAGGAGAAGCCAUUCUCCUGUGAGGAGUGUGGCAAGAGGUUCACCCGGCCCUCCAAGCUCGCCUACCAUGCCAGAAUUCAUAGCAGACAAAGGGGAUUCCCCUGUAGGGUGUGCAAAAAGACCUUUUCUCAGCAGGCAGCCCUCACACAGCACCUCAAGAUCCACAGCACAGAAAAGCCAUUCUCUUGUGCUGAGUGCAGCCGGAGCUUCCGCCGACGUGCACAUCUCACUGAGCAUGUGAGGCUUCACAGUGGGGAGGAGCCUUUUCAGUGUCCUGAGUGUGACAAGAGCUUCUCCUGGAAGGCUUCCCUGAAGUUCCACCAGCGGAUACACAGGGGUGAGAAGCCCUUCAGGUGUAGUGAGUGUAGCAAGACUUACACUCAUCAGUCUCAGCUCACUGAACACCUGAGAGUGCACAGUGGCGAGAAGCCCUACCACUGUCCUGAAUGCAAUAAAAGUUUCCGUCUCAAGGGAAAUUUGAAAAGCCACCUGCUCCAGCACAGUGGCAAAAAGCCAUUCUCUUGUAUUAUGUGUGGCAAAAGUUUCACUCAGCAGUACAGGCUUACAGAACACAUGCGAGUCCAUAGUGGUGAGAAGCCCUUCCAGUGUCCGGAGUGCAACAAGAGCUACUGCAUAAGGGGAAGUUUAAAGGUCCAUUUGUAUACACACAGUGGAGAGAGGCCCUUCCGGUGUACUGAGUGUGGCAAGGGCUUUCUACAGAAGAGAAGUUUGAAGGCCCAUCUAUACCAUCACAGUGGGGAGAGGCCUUUUUCUUGCAAUGAGUGUGGAAGGAGAUUCACGUAUGUGGGGGCACUCAAGACCCACACUGCACUGCAUGCCAAGGAAAAGCCAUCCAGUCUCUAG